CUAUUUUCUUUUUUUAUUUCAACAUUAUCUACCAUGGUGCUUCCUUUCCAGAGUGCUAUGUCCACUCACCUGUGUCACACCCACAACAUUAACAAAAAUUUAAGAUAUGUUAUUUUUAAUGAUUUUUAAAAAAAUUUAAGGUGUUCUUGUUGCUGAUUUAUCUUUAAAUAUGUACUUAGAACACAACUGAUUUUCUAAUUAUAAAAGAGGAAUGGAAUUUAUACAAAAAUGGCAAAUAAAAGAUGCAGUGAACUGUCGGGUCAAGCUUACGCAAUACGCGCGUGGUUCUGUUAUUUCAGUUGGUUUCAUGAGCCAUUAUACCUCUGCUUCUGCUUAUCUGUUGCCAUUUAAUUUUCAUUUAGGAGUUGUAAGGUUGUCAUCAUCAGAGUCUUGACCAAAGUCUCUUCUUUUAUAGGUUUAAGCUUGGCUUUUUGUAUAAAGUUCCUAGCUUUGGUCUUAGAUUCUUAGAAGUUUGUUGUUGCGUGUAUGUCUUUUUGAACUUCUAGUUUUAAUUAUAUUCUUACGCUACAUGUUUCUUUCUUUCUUUCUUCUUCUUCAACACUCAAAAAAUGGACCACAAUAAACUCUUCUAGAUUUUGUUUCAGAGUCCAUUAAGGCUGUUUUUGUUUUGAGAACCUUCUUCUGCUGGUUCCUCCAUUAUAUGGAUUCAUUUCUAUUCCGGGGAGGAGAAUAAAAGUUGCUGCUUUCAAACCCAGGUUUACAGUUUGGAAUGCAACAGACUAGAGAACAAGACAUGGGAGGCAGGAGAUAGCAAAUUUUUGUCCUCAGCGAGAUAAACAACAGUUUACAUGUCAUUUUUCGGAGUUGAUUUUGGUAAAAUGAUGAUAUAAUUGGGUUGCAUAAACGAUUUUGAAGUGGGUAUAUAUUUAUUGAUUUGAAAUAGCCGAGGGGAAAAGCCUUUUUAGAAGCUACAACAAUGGAGGCACCACAAGUUAGGAAAAAGAUGACUAAACAAUUAACAGGAAAACGUGAUGAUACAAAUUUGCAUUCUGCAGCAAGAGCAGGAAAUCUAGCUGCAAUCAAAGAAAUUUUAACUAAUACUGGGGAGGUUGAAUUGAAGGAAUUGUUGGCAAAAGAAAACAGCUCUGGUGAAACAGUUCUCUAUGUCGCUGCAGAUUAUGGUGAUCUUGAUGUGGUUCGCGAGUUAAUCAAGUAUUUCGAUCUUGCUGAUGCUGGAAUCAGAGCUAGAAAUGGAUUUGACGCAUUCCACAUUGCUGCCAAACAAGGAGAUUUGGAGAUAUUGAAGGUCCUUCUGGAGGCUCACCCUGAAUUGGCCAUGACUGUUGAUUUAUCAAACACAACAGCUUUACACACGGCCGCAAUUCAAGGGCAUAUAGAGGUUGUGAACUUUUUGUUGGAUGUAGGAAGUAGCCUUGCAACAAUAGCUAGAAGUAAUGGAAAAACCGCCCUGCAUUCAGCAGCAAGGAAAGGACAUUUGGAUGUUUUGAAGGCACUUUUAGCGGCAGAUCCUGGGAUUGCAACACGGACUGAUAAAAAGGGGCAAACUGCACUUCACAUGGCAGUGAAAGGACAGAAUAUUGAGGUGGUGGAGGAGUUGAUUAAGGCAGAGCCUUCAUCUGUAAACAUGGUCGAUACUAAAGGCAAUUCGCCAUUGCAUAUAGCAACUCGAAAGGGUAGAGCUCAGAUUGUGAAGUUGAUGCUGACAAAAAGUGAAACUGAUACAAAAGUAGUUAACAGGAGCAACGAAACUGCACUAGACACUGCUGAGAAAACUGCCCGAACAGACAUUGCACUCAUCUUGAGGGAGCAUGGAGUUGAAAGUGUCAGAAACAUGAAAACGCAGCCCAAAAAUCCGGCUCGUGAGUUGAAACAAACUGUGAGUGACAUAAAGCAUGAAGUCCACUACCAGCUAGAGCACACACGCCAGACAAGAAAACGAGUGCAAGGCAUUGCAAAACAUGUCAGAAAAAUGCAUAUUGAAGGUCUAAAUAAUGCAAUCAACUCGACAACAGUUGUUGCAGUUCUUAUUGCCACAGUUGCGUUUGCAGCCAUUUUCCAAAUCCCAGGACAGUACAUUGAUGAGAGUGACAAACUAUCUCCUGGGACCUCACUUGGGGAAGCAAAUGUUGCACCACAACCAGCAUUUUUAAUCUUCCUCAUUUUUGACUCCGUUGCCCUCUUCAUAUCAUUGGCAGUUGUGGUGAUACAAACCUCAGUUGUAGUGAUAGAGAGCAAAGCAAAGAAGAAGUUGAUGGCAAUUAUGAACAAAGUGAUGUGGUUGGCUUGUGUGCUUGUCUCAGUGGCAUACUUAGCAAUGUCAUUUAUCGUGGUGGGAGAGCAAAAUAAAUGGCUGGCAAUUGGAGUAACGAUAGUAGGAGCUGUUAUAAUGGCUGCUACAUUAGGUACUAUGUGUUAUUGGGUAAUUAGGCAUAGGAUUGAAGCCUCAAACAUGAGGAGUAUUCGAAAAUCCUCCUUGAACAGCAGAUCAAGGUCCUGCUCAAUGUCAGUCAUGUCAGAUACUGAGAUUCUAAACAAUGAUUAUAAGAAAAUGUAUGCAAUUUAAAAUUUUUCCUCCA